AUGAUUUCCCUCUUCAGUCCGCAAUUUGGAUAAAAUUUAUUAUUUUGUUUCAUAAAUAUGCUCAAAAUAUUAAAGUAGACCAAAAUACUCUAAAAAUAUUUUAGAAGAACAACCCUACGUAGGUUUUUAAGGGUAUAUUUGCAUUUCAAUACACUAUUUGUUAUAAGCGGUCACUAAGGUAAUCAAAGAUGGCGGAUGGGUAUUGACAGGUGCCCGAGCGUAGCUUUUAUUAUAUCUAGGGUAUUUGGAGCAACGGAAUACACUUACAGCCUGUUUUGAGUUAUCGAAGAAAUAGUUUAGGAUUCCCUGAAUAAACAAAAUGAAAACCUGUUAACAUUCCUACCUCUGAUGAAACAAUGAUUGUCAAAUAGCUGAUAGGGGACAAGACAAGAUGCCCAAAUCCAAGCACACUCCAGUCUCCUGGUUCUCUGGGAGCCGUCACAGUGUUCACAGUGCUGGGGAGGGCAGUGAGACAGCUCUCAGUGAGACUGAAGAAAUCAAUGAGGUGAAUGCCUUAAAGGACAAGGCAGAUGCAGCAUUUGAGGAGGGCAACUAUGAGGAGGCCCUGACACUGUAUAACGAGGCCCUAGAGAUAGACAGGAGCAAUGUGGAGGUGCUGGCCAGUAAAACUGCUGUGUUUAUUGAUACUGGUGACUUCAUUGCAGCACAGAAGGAGGCUGAAAUAUUGAUUGGGGCUCAGGAAGACUAUCCCCAGGGCCACUACCUACUGGGCAUUGCAUUAGAGCAGCUUGGUCAACACAAAGCUGCCCUACGGUCAUUUCUGAAGUCUCUGAACUGUGAUUCUCAACAUGGGGACAUUCUGUCUGAUAAUAUUGCAGCCAUGGUCAUCAGGGUGUGCAAGCUGCCUUUGAAGACACUGGAGAAGUUUGAAGCAAUGGACCCAUACACCAAGCUGUGUGAGAUGGGUAGUCUGUUGUACCUUGCAAAGAAGUAUGAGCUUUGUAUUCAGGUGCUUGAAACUGCUCAGAAACUGGAGACAAAUCAACAGGGUAUUCAAAUGAAGAUCCUCUUCACAAUGGCCAAUGCGCAGUCAGCUCUCAAAUGCACAGACAUCGCCAUCUCCCUGUAUCAAGACUGCUUGACUGUGGCCCUCUCCGCACAUGACCCUCAGUAUCAAACCAAGGCUCUAGUGAACUUGGCCAGUCUGUCCAUGGAUUCAGAGGAUAUCCACCAAGCCAUUAUUUACUAUGAGAGGCUGCUGGACCUGGAAACAGAGCUCCGUGGCAGUGGGGAAAAUCAGAGGAAGGAUGGUGGAGAUCUGCCGGAGUAUUGGACUCCAGAGUUACAGGUUGCACUGUAUCUUAACCUGAGCAUUGCCUACAAGAGCAUCGGCAAGCUAAAACAAGCUCUCUUUCAUGCAGAACAUUAUGUGGCACUGGUCAACAAACAUGGGCAUGACAUUGGUGAAGAGGCAGAGUCACACUACCACGUAGGCAUGCUGUACGAAAUGCUACAGAAUUAUGACGAAGCCACUAAGCACUUUAAGACCUAUUUAGCAAUCAGUAAAAAGCAGGGGGACCGUAAGGGUGUUGGGCAUGCCUAUGGCCUGCUGGGAAGAUGUUCUGCUGAGUUGCACAACUGGCAGCUUGCGAUAACAUACCAUGAGCAACACUUGGCCAUUGGGAGGAAGCUCAAGAACUCAAAGGUCAUCGCCUUGGCCACUGAGUUGCUAGGUGACACAUACAUGGACAAGGGGGAUUAUGAUCAUGCUGUGACUGCCUAUGAGGAAAUGCAUAAAAAUGUGCUAAAAAAUCUAAAGGAGCGCUGCAAAGCGUGUUGCAAGCUAGCAAAAGCCUUUCAAUUGAAGAAGCGCCACCAAUAUGCCUUGUUUUACUACGAAGAGGCACAACAGAUCGUGAGUGAUUUUGAUUUUGAGGAAUUUACAACAGACAUUGAGUUCAACUCGGCCUUGAUUCUUCAGCACUCUACACAGCACUCAGAGUUGGAGCAGGCGAGGAAAUAUUUCGAAAGACUCAUUCCAGGGUUUGAAGACAAGGCACAGCAAAUGAUGGACGAAGAAAUGAGUGGCUUGGACGAGAUGCGAUCUCAGCUUUCUCAGUGUUACGAUGGCAUGCAGAAUGUGCUUUGCAAACUUGGUGUCAAGGAUGAAUGUCUCCAGUAUUCUGAGUGUCACAAAAAGAUGAAGCUUCUGUCAGUCAAGAACCACAACCCCCUUACAUCCAGGUGUCUGUCCAGAAUGACCAAUGUCCAUGGGGCCAAUCUCGACAUGUGGACCAUAGAGAAAAUCACAAGGGUGGUCAAUGAACAGAAUGCCACAGUAUUAUACUACACGGUUCUUCCAGGCAGCUUAUUAAUAUGGGUCCUUCAACCAGGUAAGGGUUUGGUUCGGUUUUACUCCACUAGGCCCCCUAGCAAGGAUGUAACCUUCAACCAGCUGAUUAAGGGACUGUGUGAGGAAUUGUGCAGUAAAGGGAGAGACUUUGAGCAGCAGCAAUAUGAGUGUGAAAACAGGGCUUUGCCUUUGAAGACAACAGAACUGAGCCUGAAGAGGCAAGCUAAUGAAAAGAAAUCCCGUGAUCAAACCUCACACAAGGAAGAGCAUGGUAAAGUACCUGAAAAGGGCAGUGCCCUGUCUGAACCCAAAGAGGAGGAUGUAUUUCCUUCAAGAAAUAAAACACUUGUAAAAUCUCCACAAAGGAGGUUAUUUGACAUGCUGCUGUCUCCAGUGGCAGAUAUUUUGUCAGAGUUAGAGACGGGCAGCUCCAUUGUGAUCAUUCCUGAUAAGGAGCUUUACCAAUGCCCCUUCCCCAUCCUGGAAGACUGGAGCAACGUCCAGGUUUCCAAAAAAUACAGCUUCACAAUCGUGCCAAGUCUGAUGGUCCUUGAGAAAGUCACACAGAAUGUCAUUGACAGUCUCAGAUCUCAGGACGAACUGGAAUUUGAACGUGCCAAAUCGUGCCUCGGUGGAAUGAGUCGUCUUCUCACAGAGGAGGAGAUCUCACGAUCGAACCGUGACCUUCACCUUUUGCUGGGGACAAGCAAUGGGUAUAACAGUGGUGCUGAUCUUGACUGCAUAGAUCCACGAAGGACAUCUAAUCCCCGUUUGCUCAAAUCUGGAGCUCUUAUCCCUCCUCCCAUGACUCCAAGCACCAGUCUGCCGGCUUUCUCAAGGGAGAGUACUUUCCUAUCCAUGGCCAGUAAGUCUACAGCUCUUCCGUCUCCUCCCCUCACCCCCAACCUGAAGGCAAUAAAGACCAUUGGUGCCCCAACAUCCCUGGAUAGGAUGCUCCAUGCAGGGUCAUUGACAACGUUGACAACGAGGACUUCAACUGGAACGGACAUAGUUAGUUCCACAGACUGGGUCCCAGAGUUUCAACAGAUAAGUGACACAGACAGGUGUGUGGUUUUUGGGAACCCCAAGUUACCUGAUCGUCUGCAGCUAAACGGCAAAGAAUGGCAGCCCCCAUUUGAGCUGUCUGAGGCACAGAAGGAGGCGUAUGCUGUGGCUGAUUACUGCGAUGUUAUCACCAUAUCAGGGGAAGAGGCCACCAAAGAGAGAUUUCUGAAAGAGAUGCAGACAGCAACAGUUUUGCAUAUUGCCACCUUUGGAUGCCUUAAAGAAGGAUUCUUGGUAUUCAGCCCUAACCCGGCCAGAGAGGACACCGGUGGUGCUGGCGGUGUCCCCAAAGAGUCCUCUUACCUUGUCACCACUGAGGACAUCAUGAACUGCACCAUGUGUGCUAAGCUGGUGGUGCUGAGCUGUGGAUGGUCCUCUCACAGCAGAGACUAUGUAGAUGUGGGGAUGGCAUUGCCCAGUGCUCUGCUAGCUGCAGGAGCCCAUUGUGUCCUCACCUUACUGUGGAGUGUGCCAAACCAUGUGUUAGAGAAAUUCUACUAUCAUUUCUACUCGGCUCUACAGACAGGCUGUCUACUGUCUACAGCUGUCAAUACAGCAGUAGAGGAAGUUAAAAAGGAAAAAAGUGAUAUAUCGUACUGGGCACCAUUCACACUGGUCGGGAAAGAUGGCCAUGUCAGCCUCCACCACGUCCAUGAGGCCAUGUUGCACCAGAAGGUGGACAAAGUGGAGAAAGAGGUGCUGCAAAAUCUGAAGAAAGACGUCUUGAAUCCCAAACCUCUGACACCCAAUGUUGCAGAGAAAGAGGAAAAUAUGCAAACACUCCAAGAGAAGCUGUUACCCCUGCUGUGUCACCAUGGUAAACAACCUCAAGUGGUGGAACAUCUCAUAGACUUGCUGGAUGAUGCGCUGAAGAGGAUCCAUACAGAUGAAAAGGACCAAAAGAUAUCAGUCCUCUCUGAAGUUAUUGUCUCCAGCAAGGGGGGUCUGGACCUGCUGCACUAUUUAGGGUUUCACUUUCAGCCCAGAGGUUCUCUUCUGAAGGAUCCAUAUGUGGUUUUCCCUCAUGCAAGCUUAGAUGAGCUUCUCAUGUCUGCAUUUAUUACAUUAAGGGCUGUAUCAGAAAUGGGUGGCAAUGUCGUCUGCCUUCACACUCUGUACGAGUUCCUUCCUGUCUCACAGAAGAACGUGUCACAUAUAAUUGACAUGCUUGCCAUAACUAAGCAUGCACCAGAGCUUCAACUGAAAGUGUCUGACCUAUCUGUGCGCCCCCUAUGGUUAAAUCCAAAGAGCAAAGCGUUGCUAGGCAGCAUUGGUCUUCACCAGGUGGGAAUGCUGCUGGCGUUCAAUGGAACCUCUUCAAAUAGAAAACUUCUGGAUGCCUUUCUGAAGUUUUUCCUGGCCAUCUCCACCUACAAGAGCCCUGUCUUGAUGCACAAGUUGGAUGUGGCAUUACUGGGGACAGAGGGAUCAUCAAAGGUUUCUGGUGCUGCUAGUUCAGAAUCUAUUAGACUUCCAACACUUACCCCGAUGAUUCUGCCAAGAAAUACUCCGAGAUCAGUAAGAGUGAUCAUGCUUCACAUGAGCACUCCAUGGGCAUGUAAUGUGGAAAACACUGACGAAAUGAAGGAAAAAAUGAGAUUGGCUAGAAGCAAAUCUGAACUCGGCACAGACUUCUGUAAGCAGCUAGAACGAGCAAAAACAUGGCAUCAGAUGACUGUGAAAUCGCAAGGAGACCAGUCCCUGGAGAAAGCAGUACGCCCAAAAACUAAACCAGCCAAGGUGAAGGUUGUGCAAUCCCAAAAUAAAAGGGUUCCAGUCGACUAUGAGCCUCCGUUGGGUGUCCUUGAGGUUGACCAGAGAAGGGACUAUGCCCAUUUUAUUCUUCAUCAGAGGGUAGAUAACAUAUCUCUUAGACACAGAGAUUCUGUGAAGAAAUUGUACUUGCCUUACGUGCAGAAUAUGUAA